AGUGCCCACAGCAGUCAGAGGGCUCAGCAGAGCAGGAUCCCAUGCCCUGCUCCCCUGCUACAGAGCACCAAAAUGGGUCAGAACUUCUGGGAGCAGCUUCACCUGGUCCUCACCCUCCUACUCCUGAAUCUGGGGUCUGCUGUGACCGGAGAUGCCCCUCACAGCUGCUAUGGGACUCCAGGCCUGCCAGGCAUGCCAGGUGUACCAGGCAAGGAUGGCCGGGAUGGGCUGAAGGGUGCCAAAGGCGAGCCAGGCAUCCCAGCCACUCCUGCAACACAAGGUCCCAAGGGCAUGAAAGGAGAACCAGGCAAUCCUGGAUUGCCAGGCAAGACUGGCCCCAGUGGUCUCCCUGGUGUCCCUGGAGACCCUGGAAUGAUGGGCAUUGCUGGAGAGCCGGGUAUGCCAGGCAGCUACAAGCAGAAGCACCAGUCAGCAUUUUCAGUGACAAGGCAGACCAGUGAGCACCCCUUGAAGAAUGUCCCCGUGGUGUUCAAUCACAUUAUCACCAACACCAACCAUGACUAUGAUGCUACCACGGGCAAGUUCACCUGUAGGCUCCCUGGCCUCUACUAUUUCAUCUUCCACACCUCGCAGACAGCCAACCUCUGCGUCAGCCUGUACAAGAAUGAGAACAAAAUGACCAGCUUCUGUGACCACAACACCAACACCAUGCAGGUCAGCUCUGGUGGGAUCCUCUUCCACCUGGAUGCUGGGGAUCAGGUCUGGCUGGAGGUGAACGAAUACAAUGGCAUGGUGGGCAUCGGCAACUCCGACAGCAUCUUCUCAGGGUUCCUGCUCUUCUCGGACUAG